UUUCGAACCCCUUUCUCAAAAUUACUCCUUUCAAAUCUGGCUCCCUGUAUGGUCAUCACACAUCAUUAAAUUUAGCUUAUGUCCUCUGUUAUACAACUGAUGCCUGUGACGGGCUUUGCUGUGUACCGCCAUCGAUCGAGCUCCGCCAAGCUAAACCUUUACAUCCACACUUAUAAACUCGUUAUUCGACGACUACUACAACAGCAGCCGUAUUAAGACGCGCUGGACGCUACUCGUUGCUACGCUUUCCUCUUUCAAGCAGUCAUACCUCGGGCGGCGGUAUGUCUCAACUACUAUGGAUUUCUGACGCCUCGCCUCUUUUUUUCUACUCACCCGCUGAGGCGUACUUUGCUGGUCAAGGGUUGAACUCAUGGGUAGGUUCAGCGGGCUUAAACUCGACUACCACAGUCGCCGCCGCCAAUGGGGGAGGAGGAACGACGACGUAUCAUUCAACAACGGGCAUGGCUGGGGUCAUAAUACCUGCUAUAUAUGCUACUUCAUUUGUUCCAAUAUUCUCGGCCCCAGACUCAUACGACGUCACCAUGCAGCAAAAUUCCAACGAUCCUCAGGACUGGAAAUCGGGUCAGAAUUGGACGAGCUCGGGAGGAGAUUUUAGUGCACAAACUUUUACCAUAGAAGUCUCCUGUCAGGGCGACUGUGACGACGAUUUUAUCUUUGAGGGAGCGUGGGUGGAGACAGAGCUUGCUCCAGAGGGUUCAGACACAGAGAGCGUGUCAUUGGAUGAUUCUUCCUUAUUGAUACAGUACACAGGCUUCACGUCCGUGGAGGCUAAUAGCCAGCCCGUGCAAGUAUCGUCUUCAGAUUACAACUCCUCGCUGUCUAUGACAUCAACCGCAGGAGCCACGGCUCAGGUCAUGUUCACUGGUGCUUCGGUAAUGGUAUCAGGGGUCUCAUGUCCCUUCUGUUCAACAUUCUCGGUCAGUUUAGAUUCGAAGACUGCAGCAACGCUUGAUAGCGCCAACAAUGCCACUGUGCAUGGAACCUUACUUUAUUUUGCUACUAACUUGGACACAAGCGACACUCAUACUCUAAUUCUUGAAGCUGAAGGCGGCGGAACUUUAGUUAUUGAUGAAUUUACAGUAAACGGACCUAAGGGAAGGGUUGGAUUUAUUGGCACGGUCGAUGGACUCACGACUACAGUCGGUCCAUCAAGCACAGGUGUAAUCAGCAGCGAUGGCAGCAGUAGUAACACAGCAAGUAAUAGUGGGGCCACUGCCUUGUCGGCGGCUACUGAAGGGGGUGCGCCAAACGUCGGUGUAAUCAUUGGCGCCAUUCUAGGUUCACUAGCCGGUGUAGCAAUCUUGUAUUUUCUUUGUCGAAAAGCUGUUCCUGCCGCCAAGAGCAGUGAGAAAAAGAAGAUGGAUCCGUGGGAUGAGGCCAAUUUACUACAGAAUAUGAAGAAUGAAGGAGUCCAUGUGACAACAGUCGCUAAUCAACGCUAUGUCUAUCCCGGAUUAAUCGCCCAUAGUGAUCUGACGAAAAAGUAGAUCCUUGCUGGUCUUCAAACUAUGCAUAGCCCUUUACAUCUCACCAUCCUUGCUUCUGACCCAUCCCUUGAAGAAUCCUCUCUAUGAGCGCCCUUUUCAUGUACUGUUCUCUUGCCAGUGACCUGAUGGAUUUGAGAUAUCGGUCAAGAUCGACGCGUUCCGCGUCAAGGGCUCGAGUCAUAUGGUAAAUUGUAUCUUCGAUGGCGUUAUCUUCCGCUACCAAGUCCACUAGCC